CUUAGUCAAAUAGAGCCUAGUAAAAUAUAUCGGGAUCCGAAUUUACACUUAAAUGAUACAAAAUAUUUAAAUAUGUCUGAUGCAUUAGAAUGUCUUAAUGCUAUAGCCAAAGAUAUAUUUUAUCUACAAACUCUUAUGGAUAAUAUUCGUAAAGAGUAUAUUCUUGAUAUAUGGAACAAUUGUGAACAUUACCAACAAGGUGGGAGUUAUGACAUAAUAAAUAAAGUAGGUGGAGAUAAUGACUUGCAAGCUAAGCUUACACAAAAUCACAGAGAAAUAGAAGAAGCUAAAC